UGGGCAUCGCCGACGCUGAUCCCAUCGCCCCAGAGACAUCGACGGCAUCAGCUCCAUCAUCCCGCCACUGCGAAUCCCCUUUGAAGCACCCGGACACGCUAGAAACACCCGCCAUGCUCCGCGUCGUCCAGAAGCCCCAGCGACUCUGUCAAUUGGGCAGGCUGGUCAGAAUGCCUGCUCUCCAGACAGCCGUUCUUGGAAAUGCCAAAGCCGUUCCCGCAGGCAGCCAACGCCCCGCCAUCCCUCUCCAAGCACGCGCGGCUAUAGUUCGGGCCUUUGGCACUUCGGCACACCUGGAGGCUCCGCAGAGGCACUCUGCGGUCGUGUCCAGCGACACCAAGAGCCAAGUCACCGUCGCCUAUCCCGAUGGCAAAUCUACCUCGUUCCACGGCAUUUGGCUGCGGGACCAUUGCCGCUGCCCACAGUGCUUCCAUCCCAUCACGAAACAGAGACUCUCAGAUACUGGCGAGUUUCCCUUGGACAUCAAGCCCCAGAGCAUCGAGAUUGUCGGAGACAAGGACCUCCGGAUAGUGUGGCCCAGCACCCAGCACGAGAGUGUGUUUUCCCUUGAAUGGCUGCGCCAGCACUCGUACUGGCCCAACAUCGGCACUGCCAGGCCGGCAAUCAGGGAGAAAAUCCUCUGGAACGCCGAAACCGCAAAUACUUUCCCGCGCGUCUCCUACGAGAGCAUCAUGGCCGGCGACCAAGGCCUCGCUGAGUGGCUCAGAAACAUUGAUGUAUACGGAAUCGGAUUCGUUGAAGGCGUCCCGCCCAACGCCGAGGACACCGAAACGCUCGCAAAACGAAUCGGUAUCAUUCGAGAGACCCACUAUGGUGGAUUCUGGGAUUUCACUUCGGAUCUGUCGCACGGAGACACAGCCUAUACCACCAUCGGCCUCCCAGCACACACGGACACGACGUACUUUACGGACCCCAUUGGGCUCCAGACCUUCCAUCUGCUCGCCCAUGAGGGCACCGGCGGCGAGUCCAUCUACGUCGACAGCUUCUAUGCUGCCAAGCUGCUCAAGGAACAGCACCCCGAGCAUUACGAGACUCUGUCGACGGUGCCGGUUCGUACGCACUGCGCCGGCGACGAGGACGAGCUCCACUUUUCGACGCCAAGUCACCGCCCCAUCUUCGGACUCGAUCCCAUCACCGACGAGCUGAUCCAGGUGCGCUUCAACGAGCCUGACCGCAGCAUUCUCAACCACAUUCCCGGAGACAAGGUCUACAAGUUCUACGAAGCACUGGCGGUAUGGCGGUCGAUCCUGACCCACCCCGAAAGCGAGUUCAAGAUUGCCCUGAGGCCUGGAACCGUUGUGGCAGUUGACAACUGGCGGGUGCUGCAUGGCCGAACUGCAUUCACGGGCUAUCGCCGUCUGGUGGGCUGUUAUCACGGCUGGGAUGAGCUGCAGAGCCGCAUCCGGGUGGUUCUGGACAAGAGCCAGCUGAAGGAAACCGUUUGAAGAUUGGCGCGCUCUGGUCGCUGGCAGGGCGACAGGCAAGGCAGGUGCUCAUGGGCGAUGGGCGGGUAUGUAUUCAGGAAUCGAAACAAAGUGGCCAGCCUUAACCCCAAC